CCUCUUUUUUCGGCAAAUGCCGCUGCUUGCAGCAGCAGAACAGAACCCACCUAAAAAUUCCCAUCUUUUGCUUUUUAAUGCAGAGAGAGAGAGAGAGAGAGAGAGAGAGGGCUUCUGCUUUCUCAUUGGAAAUUCGAGCUACUCUUUUAUUCGUUUGUUCUUCUUUGCACUUUUUUCUUUGUUCUUUGGGGACUUUCAUCGAGCAGCGGAGGGCGGGUCCAUCUUUGAAGUGAUGGGGAGGAUUAGGCUCGCCUUUUCCUGAAGGGAAUGGCGAUCUGAUGAUGGGUAAUGAUGAUGGGAACCCGAUCUUACAUGAUUUCUUGGGGAUGAGCUGCGCAGAUUCUGCUGCUGUCUUGGUUAAGAAGAGUGCUGGUUUUGGAGAAAUCCGAGCUUCGGAGGCGUCGGCAUCUGCCUCUGUUGGAGUUUCGUCGGGCGCCCAUGGCCCUGUAUCGGCCAGUUCUGAUCUAGUUUCGGAGAGGCAGACAAGAAACCAUUUGGAGGGUGUUCAGUUUCAUAGUUCAAAGAGUGAUUUCUCUGCAACGGAGAUGAGCAACAGAUCCUUGGGAAGAAAGAGGAGCAAUUCAGAUUCAGCUUUUAUGGGUUUGACGAGGGAUAGGAUGCAUCACAUGGGAAUGGAUUCUGUUGAAAACUCCCAUCUAUUGAAGAUGUUCCAAAAUGAGGCGGGGGGAGAGCGACAGAAAAGAUCCCAUGAUGAUGAAUUGUUCUUUUCUAUGCAACCUCCGAGGCCAACUUGUACUUCUCCUCUCAUAUUUCCACCAGCCAUUAAUGGUAGACCUGAGUUAGUUGUUUCCAGUUGGGAGCGGUCAAUGCCAAUGAAUGCAGGGCCAAUGGUGCACUAUCCUUCUUGUCUUGGUCAAUUCUCAGCAUAUGUGGAUCCGCGUUCUUCAAGCAGAUACAGGGACACAACUCAUGCUAGUACUAGUAGUUCACUUGUUUCUCAACCUGCAGCAGAUGAGGGUUCUAGAACAGGCAUUAGAGGCUCCAGUAUUGUGAAUGUCAUUGGCGGAAGUAGUGUAGUGGCAGAUAGAAACCCAGCUGGGGUGCUGCUGAGUAGCAGUAGACCAAAGGUUGGGCCUUCAAAUUCUGAAACAGAAUCUGCUAAUCCACUGAGCAGUCGUAGCUUAAGAUCUACUAGUCGGCAGAUGACCAUAUUUUAUGCUGGCCAAGCACACGUCUUUGAUGAUGUCCAUCCAAAUAAGGCAGAUGAAAUAAUGGCCUUAGCUGGAUCGAAUGGAGGGUCUUGGUCCACAACUUAUUCCCCCAAGUCAAGCAUGCGUCGACCCCACACUGAAGCAUAUGUACCUGCUAGAGAGAUUGAAGCUGGCAUCAAAAACAAAUUUUCACAAGAUAUACAGAGUAAGCUGUGCUUGCUGCAAGCUUCCAGUCAAGGAUUGAUCCAAGGCGGACAGCUGUCAACCCCUGGGGGCAAUCAAACCGGCAGGCCAGUAAGAGAUGCUGGAACUAUAGGUCAAGCGGUGGGACCUGACACAGGAGCAAAAGAGAGUUGCAAGAAGCAUGGACCACAGCAGUAACAGAUCCAGGUGUCGUAAUGAGGAAGUAUUCGUUUCGAAAUGUUUUCAAGUAUAAAUAGGUAGGAAGUGAGAGCAGUAGUGAUAGCCUGAGGUGUGAUUUUAAGUGGGAGCCGCACCUAAUUAGAAGUGAUUCUACAAGGGUCAAAAAUAUUUAAACUGUUUCACUUUGUUUUCUCUUUACCAAAUAUUCUUAGCUUUCCUUUUUCAGGCAA